AUGGACUUCACGAACGGUACCAACGGUAUCAACGGGCACACACCUUCAUCCUCACAACCCCUCAAAAUAACAAUUUGCGGCGCUGGUAUCGGCGGCCUCAGCGCAGCCAUCUUCCUGCGUCAACGCGGACACACAGUAACCCUCCUGGAAGCCUCCCGUUUCGCCAACGAACUCGGUGCAGCCGUGCACCUAGCACCCAACGCCAACGGUCUCCUCCGUCGCAUGGGCAUGGUCCCAGAAGCCCAAGGCGCGGUAGCAUGUCGUCUGAUGACGCAGAUGCUGCCAAAUGGCAAGGAACUCUUUACCGUGCCGCUCGAGCACGACGCGGCGAGGUGGCAGCAUCCCUGGCAGCUUGGGCAUCGCGUGAGUCUGCACAGUGAGUUGAAGAGAUUGGCUACGUGUGAGGAGGGGGAGGGGAAGCCGGCUGUUCUUAGACUGCGGGCGAAGGUCGUGGAUGUUGAUGCUAAGGCGGGUGUUGUUGUAUUAGAAGAUGGAGAGAAGAUCCAGAGCGACGUUGUUGUUGGCGCAGAUGGCGUGCAUUCCAAGGCUCGACCCCGGAUUCCUGGCGCGGAGAAUAUCAAGACUUUUGGGAGUGGGAAGAGCGCGUUCCGUUUCCUGAUUCCCAGGCAGCGGGCGUUGGAUGAUGAGAUGACGCGCAAGUUUGCGGAGAAGGAGGGCCAUCUCAUUAUGAUCUUUGCGAGGGAUCGGAGAGUGGUUGUGUACCCGACGUCUAACAAUACGUUGUUGAACUUUGUUUGUAUUCAUCCGACGUCUGAGAGUCAGAUUGAUCCGAAAGAACCCGGGAGCAGUGACUGGCAGAACCAAGGUAACUUGAACAAGAUGUUGGAUGUGUACAAGGACUUUGAGCCUGCGGUGCUCAAGUUGCUGGGUAUGGCGGACGAGGAAACGUUGAAGGUGUGGGAGUUGCUGGACAUGGACCAACUGCCGACCUGGACAGAUGAGAAGCUGGUGCUUAUUGGCGACGCUGCACAUCCAUUCACACCUCACCAAGGACAAGGCGCAGGCCAAGCCAUCGAAGACGCCGCCUCCCUCGCGGUCAUGCUCCCCCUCGGCACACCCCUCGACUCCAUCCCUGCACGCCUCAAGCUCUACGAAAAAUGCAGAUACGAACGCGCCUCCACCAUCCAAGAGUACUCCCGCGUAGCAGGCAAAGAUCUCGGCAGCGGCCCCCCAGUUGACCCCCACAAGUUCACAAACUACAACUUCGGCCACGACGAAUGGGACUACUCCAGCCAAAUGCUCCGCAAAUGGGAGUGGGAGAACAAGAAAGGUCUGUUCUGGCGGAUGCCUACGGCUUUUGGUCCGAUGCCAGGCCCGAGACAAGACUUCGCUGGACGGCCGAGAGAUGGGUCGAAGGCUACGUUCAAGACAGCUAGUAUCAAGUUCAAGACGAGCCGGACUGUGUUGGAGAACCUGUUGCCGACGGAGAAGUUGAAGUUUGCGGUUGCCGAUACAGCUUGCUAUGCGAGUUUUGCGGUGACGCAGCUAGACAAUCUGGAGUGGCUUGGUGGCAGGGGAUACAGUCAUUUCGGACUGUACAUCCACGGUAUCCAGCACACGAAAGCGGAUGGCGAGACGGUGACAGGAACAUACCUACCCAUCCUCUUCGAGAACCUAGCUGAUCCCAUACUGAGUGGAAGGGAGGAGCUAGGCUUCCCCAAGCUCUUCGCAGAGCUCGAUGUGAAGAGUGACGGCGGCAAGUGGACGCUCGACGCAGGCUGGAUGUCAUCCAAGUUCUGCAGCAUGUCACUGUCCGGACUGCAGGAACAUUCCGCAACGAACGAUGAGGCGCCAAGACUCUCUCCUCCUCUUCCGAAAGACGAAGGCCUUUUGUUGCACAAGUAUGUACCAGCUACUGGUAACAUGGGUAGCAAGGAGCGCGGGCAGGCGGAUGUGGAAUACACCACUUUUCUGCCGGGUGAGGAGGAUGCGAAGACCGUGGAGAAGAAGGUCGGGCGGACGUUGAAGGCGAGCUCGGCUGAGAUCUCUUUUGAUGCUCUGGAUUGGAAGGCGCUGCCGACACUGCAUCACAUCGUCGAGAGACUCAAGGAGGUGCCCGUGUACGGGGUCAUUGAGGCCAAGGUCGUCGAAGGUACCGGAGUAAGUGACGUGAGCUCAAUCCGGAAGCUAGCAUGA